UCGGGUCAAUGUAGAAAUUCAAAUUUGUCUAGGUUCUGAGUGUUGUGGUUCCUUAGUUGUCUCAGAUAUUCCAUAAUAUGGUGGCUUUAGCUACUCAUCUUGGAAUGUGAGCAAUGUAUGUGAUGUUGUCUAAUAUUUGUUUAUUUAUUAUUAUUACAUAUUACAAUUUACUAAUGUUUCCGAAAGCAGGUGGUGACUACUAUGGCGUCGUCGACUUCGUCGUCAGCCACAAUAACGCCGUCUAUCACAGCGCCAGUAACCACAGGAGGAAACACGUCGAUGUUCAAAGGACCACAGUGUGCACCGAGACAUAUGAGCCAACAGACGGCACACGAUAAGGGAUUGCCGAAAGCAAUGGUGAAACCCAAUAUCCUCACUCACGUUAUUGAAGGUUACGUCAUCCAGGAAGCAGGAGAGCCAUUUGCUGUUAACCGUCCACUUCGUGAAUGGGGAACAACUGAUAAAGACCAAGACAAAGAAAAUAAAUUGCCUUCAUCUGAUGAUCCACCACGCAAGAAGCAAAAGUUGUCAGAUACAUCAUCAGCGUUAUCACGCAUUAGUUCGAGUCACGAAAGCGGGGAGACCCAAGGCUCGGCAAAAACGGAAGCGGCAGCGGCAGCGACAGCGGCGAGCAGUGAACCCGCUGACACUGCCACCACACCCGAUGACCAUCCUAAGAUACCGAACGCUAACAAGUGGACUGUGGCGGAAGUAUGCGAUUUCAUUCGCAGCAUACCUGGAUGCGCCGGGUACGCGGACGAGUUUCUUAUGCAGGAGGUGGACGGCGAAGCUUUGUUACUGAUACGCCCUGAACACUUAGUGAUGGCGCUCUCAAUGAAACUCGGGCCCGCGCUAAAGAUAGUCGCCUGCAUCGACUCGCUACGACCGGAGAGCGAGCAGACCACCCAAGAUCAUGACUGAGGUCAGUAUACAGUGGCACAGACUAUAUAAGGGCCACAGACUAUAUACUGUGUGGCCGUGUUAUGUGAAAUCAAUUAUAAGCCGUCGUACAAAAGUAUCAUCGUUACGGUGUCACCAUAAUGU